AGUUGGUGCUAGCCUGGAACCGGUUUUUCUGGUUCAGAGCCAGUUCUUUGUCAGUGGAAACAGAAAACCCGGUUCCAAACUAAGCACUGGCCCCGAACCAGCCCUGGAACUGCUUUGGUAGAAAAGGGGAAAUGAAAAGCCCUGGUUUAAAAUUAUGUAUAAAGACGUGUCAGACGGAGCUUCACUUCCGGCUCCACUAUGACGCCAGCGGAAGUGUUCGGCGCAGUGGUUUGUGGGUAGUGUAGUGUAGUGCUGUGCUGUGCUGAGUGUAGCGAGCUGUGAUGGCGGUCGCGGCGGUGCUCGCGCUGGUGCUCGGGGGCGGAGUCACGCUCCUCCUCCUCCGGAGAAUGGCCUCCUCACACCGCGCGCGCGCCCCCGCCGCGACACUGCGCGGGAAAACCGUCCUGGUGACGGGCGCGAGCGGCGGCAUCGGAAAGGCCACAGCGGCCGCGCUGUUCCGGCUGCACGCGCGCGUCAUCAUGGCGUGUCGGGACCGCACGCGAGCCGAACAAGCGGCCGCAGAAAUCUGCGCAUGCGCCGGAACCUGCGACGGAGAGCUGAUUAUCAAGCACGUGGACCUGACGUCACUGAGAUCCGUGCGCGCUUUCUGCCGGGAAAUCAUCCAGGAGGAGCCGAAGCUCGAUGUGUUGAUUAACAACGCCGGUGUGUUCCGCUGCCCGUACUCUAAAACGGAGGAUGGCUUUGAGAUGCAGUUUGGCGUCAACCAUCUGGCCCACUUCCUGUUAACCCACCUGCUGACAGAGCUGAUGGUACAUUCCGCCCCGAGUCGCAUCAUCGUCAUCUCCUCCAAACUUUACAAGUACGGCAGCAUCCGAUUUGACGACUUGAACAGCGAGCAGAGCUACGACCCGGCCUUCUGCUACAGCCAGAGUAAACUAGCAAACCUGCUGUUCACACAUGAAUUAGCGAGGAGACUGGAGGGGCGAGGCGUGACGGUCAACUCGCUCUCCCCUGGGAUCGUCAGGACCAACCUGGGCCGCCAUGUCCGUGUCCCCUUUCUGCUGAAGCCCCUCCUCUUUCUGGUGUCAUGGCUGUUCUUUAAGAGUCCAGAAGAGGGCGCUGAGACACCGUUGUACCUCGCCUGCUCUCCUGAUGUGGCUCACGUGACGGGGAAGUUCUUCUCGAACUGCAAAGAGGAAAUGCUCCUGCCUAAAGCGACGGAUGAUGGCGUGGCAAAGCGGCUAUGGGACCUGAGUGAGACCAUGGUCGGGAUGAAGAGCUGAGCUGGAUCUCGCUGGUUAAAUACAUCCAUUAUGUUCUCCUGCUUCCAACAAAACAACUGUAAAUUAUUAGUAAAUAUGUUGAAGAUGUUCUGUGUGGUCCGGAUGGGACGGCUUUACCACGUGUGCAUGAAAAAACCCACGCCUGAUGUGAUCUUCAGAACAGUGAUCCGGGCUGUGUGACCCCUCCCCCUCCCCACCCUCCUGUUACGGCUCUCUCAGUCUGAUUGUUAUAAAGUCUAAUUUACACACCUACGAGUGACAGGAUAUGUCCUGAGGAGGCGCUGAACGCACGCCACAGCGCUGCACUUGAACCUGACCUGCAGAUAAACCUGCUGGUUCUUGUGUUCAGUUUCCCUCUCAGAACAUCAGAACAUCUGUCCAGAGAGAUGUGUCCGUCAGCCUCCUCUUCAGGAGUCACAUCUCUACAGACGGCUGCCCAUGUGCUUCACAUCAGCUCUGUCCCUUCAGAACGGACUGCACCCUGUGUCUCUGCACCAACGGCACGCAGUGAUCAGCGCCCCCUGGUGGCUGUGUGUGUGUGUGUGUGUGUGUGUACAGGUUUGUGAGAGACAACAAAAUAUGAAUAAAAAUUGUGAUGAUGGACCUGA